AUGCCUUCCAUGCCGGGGUCCGAUGCAUGGUGGCCAUCCGGUGAGGACGAGUGGAAGGUCAUUGAUCUCGACAGCAACCAUCCUGAACGCACCCCCGCGACUGCAUGGAUCUUGUCCUCAAGUCUCGACUCCAAGCUUGCGGAAGUGUUUCCCGCAUAUCGCCUGCCGAUCUCUCUGGGCUCGCUCGGGGAAGAUUCGGCGACUGUGUUGAAGUCUGGGAUGACUCGAGAGGGAGGUGGUGGCAAUGGCGGGGCACAAGAAAAAGAUGGAAGGCAACCUGAGGUUGCAGUUCACCGAUGCACGUCCAAAAUUGGGCGCCCGUGUAAGUUCAUGGGCAAAUGCCGGGAUGUGUCUACGUGCAACUAUUGUCAUGAUGAGGUGCACCAGGUCGCGAAGACAAGACCUGGAAACUUUCAAUCAGCUCAGUCGCAGCGAGCUCGAGAUCCCGGCCCUGCAUACCAUGAGGCACACCGGCCGGGAAGGCGGCCGCGGAAACUCGUGGACUCUUUCGACGGCUUGACAAGGACAUAG